AUGAUUUGCUGCGCUGCCUUCACCUUUUUCUUGACCACCUCUGAGACCUUUGCAGCUCCAGAUUCUGUGUUCUUCGUCGAUGCCCCAGUGGCAGUGGCCGUUGCGGGAGGAAUCAUUGGUGGAAUCGUUUCAUUGUGUCUUGGAGCAAUUCGGCAGUCUUUCCUGUUGGUUUUUGUCUAUUGUUUCUUUACUUUAAAGUUGUUUUUCUUAAGGGGGGUAGGCCGCGAAGUAGGAGGUGAUAGCUAA